CACAGCGAGUCGGAAACACCAUCGGCAACAGAUGUCGCAGUAGUAGCAGAAACGGAACGCAGACGGCGUUUUCUGCUGCAGUGCGUCUGCGGUGUCGACGGUCGAGGAGACUUGGCCUGCACUGGCUGUAAAGACUCGGUGUUUUCGAACAGCCUUAUGGGGGAUUAUACUUUCAGUGUAUCCGCCAAUGUGAGGGCCUUGUCUCCAGUCGAGUUCCAGCCCAAUCAAGGUAACAGCGCCCUAUUUUUUAGUCCCGAUCAAAUUGGCCACACGAUGCAAGAGGACCUGCUGCUUGAGAAGAGCGCCGGCAAACAGGCCUCAUCCCAGCUGUCGACUGCAAGUGUCGAGACUACAUCCAACGGGGAACAAGCCCUGGAAGAGUAUUCGUCGCGCAAGGGCAAAGGAGAAGACCCGGCAGUGAACUCGCUGCCCGAGAAGACGGAGAGCCCUGACGUAGUGCCUUCUCCGCUGCAAAUGGGCUUCUCUUCGGAGGUGAUCGCCACUUCGGGAGCCAACUUUUGGUCAGCUGUGGCGGCGGACGAAGCCUUUAUCCAAGGCAUCCCGACGGUUAACGGUACGCUGGCUUUUCCCAGCUUCCCGAGCCCCAUGCUUGGUGCAGGCCAUCCGCAGCGGCGGGCCAUCACGGGCGCACACAAUUUCGCUGCGCCGACUCGGGGCCCGCCGCCUCAGGGACCUCCCCUGUUCAAGGCCUACUCCAGCUGGAGCAGCCCGCAGCAGCCGAGCUGGUCGAGCCCGCCGUGGAGCGGUUUGACCCAGAAGCGCUCGGUUCCCAGCCUUGGGCCGCUCUCGCCUGCCGGCAAAGAGAGCCCCAAGUUCCGUCGGAGCACUUCGCUGCCCAAGCCGGACGAGGACGGCUUCCAGGUCGCCCAGGGUCCGCUGGACACGCUGCGGUUCCCGCUCGAGCAGCAACUGCUCGACAUGGUGCGCCAGGAUCCUCCUGAGGCGGCCCACUACUGCAAGCCUUGGGGUGGCGGCCUCGGUGCUGCGUCGACGCUCGGCGGAUCGGCCUACCCGGCCACCACGGCCGAGUUCAGGCCCGACGAGGCUCGGCUUCAGGCGCGCGGAGGUAAGCCGGACGGCCAAGCGCGCGACCCGAACACGAGCGCGCGCGUGCACUACGCAGGACGUGGCGGCUUCUCGCGGAGGAAAGGGCGCGCGGGCGGCGGUGGCGGCGGCGGCGGGCCGUGGCUCUUGGCUGGCGCCAAGUCGCCGUUCUUCCUGGACGGCGACCUGGUGCUCGAGGAGCAGCGCUGCUCGCCCAAGGGCGGCGAGCCGGCGGCCGAGCGCUACUCGCGCAAGGUGUUCGUGGGCGGACUUCCGCCGGACAUCGACGAGGAAGAGAUCACCGCCAGCUUCCGGCGGUUCGGCCCACUGGUGGUGGACUGGCCGCACAAGGCGGAGAGCAAGUCGUACUUUCCGCCCAAGGGCUACGCGUUCCUGCUCUUCCAAGACGAGUGCUCGGUGCAGGCGCUGAUGGACGCUUGCAUCCAGGAGGAGGACAAGCUGUACCUGUGCGUGAGCAGCCCCACCAUCAAGGACAAGCCGGUGCAGAUCCGGCCCUGGCGGCUCGGCGACGCCGACUUCGUACUGGACGCGUCGCUGCCGUUGGACCCGCGCAAGACGGUCUUCGUGGGCGGCGUUCCGCGGCCGCUGAAGGCCGUCGAGCUGGCCAUGAUCAUGGACCGGCUGUACGGCGGCGUCUGCUACGCGGGCAUCGACACAGACCCCGAGCUCAAGUACCCCAAGGGCGCCGGCCGCGUGGCCUUCUCCAACCAGCAGAGCUACAUCGCUGCUAUCAGCGCGCGCUUCGUGCAGCUGCAGCAUGGGGACAUCGAGAAACGGGUCGAGGUCAAGCCGUACGUGCUCGACGACCAGAUGUGCGACGAGUGCCAGGGCGCCCGGUGCGGCGGCAAGUUCGCGCCCUUCUUCUGCGCCAACGUGACCUGCCUGCAGUACUACUGCGAGCACUGCUGGGCCACCAUCCACUCGCGGCCGGGUCGCGAGUUCCACAAGCCCCUGGUCAAGGAGGGCGCCGACCGGCCGCGGGCUGUGCCCUUCCGCUGGUGCUAGGCGCGUGUGAUAUAGCCUCUGCUUGAGUUCCCCUAGGGACAAUCAGACGCCCGUAGACGGUCGACACGCAUAUAUAUAUUUAUCGACAUAUCCUUUCUAGUCAGGCAGCCGUAGCAAGCUCACAGACAGGGUUGUUGUGCCAAACUUGGUUGGCUUGGGUUGCCCCAGGGCGUCAGUGGGGGAUUCGAGCCUGUAGUCAGCGCUGCUGAGUGUGUCGUUUGCCUCUCCCCGUUGAUCUCAGGCGGCGGACGCCAGUGUGUUACUGUUAGGCGAGCAGUUCGUUGUUGCCGGGCCACUUCUUAGAGCAGCCCGGUGGCUCCGUCAAGCUAGCAUGGUUCCAGCUGUUUUCUCUUCUGCAUCGACGUGUCUUUUAUAUGCUACUCCAUGUGAUCAAAAUUUUAGCCUCUGCUCGUUUCACUUUUGGACGUUUUUCGUUACUUUUUUUAUGAGGUGUUGACUUUUUUAGGACAAGUGCAAAGAAGCACUUACUUUAGAAGUGCGCGAAAAGUGGAGCGCCAAGCGUGGGGUACUUUUUGCCGUCCGCUUCCACACUUUGCAACAAUUGUGUGAACCGAGUGCAGGAGUUUUAAAGUUGCACUUUUUUUUACCUUCAACGAGUUUCGAAGCAAUUGUUUGUGACAUACUAGUCAGGCAGUGCCAGCAGAUGUUUUUUGUACAGUACUGCACGGUCAGUUUACUACACACACUCGUGUCGAGCCCUGUGUACACGCUCACCCGAGCCCGUUUUGUUUUCCUAGAAUCAGUCGUGCGCUUUACAUUAGCGGCUUUACUUGGGUUAUGUUGACCAGUUGAAGCUGUUUUAUAUACUGGCUCAGGGUUAUGUGCAAAUAAGAGGACCGCAGAAAUGUUGUCAUAUGUUAGUGACCUUGCAAUCACUUUGCAUUAAAUCUUUUUUUAGAUGAUACUGUGCCGCAUCUACAAUUCUGGCCACUGCCACAUGCUGUGGGCACCAAACAGCAUUCUUCUGAAUGCACUCCAAGCAGGGGCUCCGGAACUGUAGCUUCAGUGUGGGGGCCAGAGCUCAUUUCACCUUUUAUUCUGUAACUGUGCUUAGUUUACUAUAUAAUGGAGGACGUCAGCUUCCAGGGCUAGGAGUCCCCAGCAAUAAAACUUGUGGAAGCAUUUGUGCCCUCCCCCACCAAGUUCCAGGGCCCCUAAUUUCAAGACACUUUCUUCUGGCAUUAUGGGAUUGCACGAUUACUUCCUACUAGAUUAUUUCUUUUCCAGUCCCGUUGCACAAACAUGCACGUCAUGCCAUUCGUACAUGACUAAGGGGAAAAGAAAAAGCCUGCCCUCAUAUCUUUUCUCACUUUGGCAGCAUGGAACAGAAAUCACACUGCUGAAAUUUGCAGCCAACAUGUUAUAAUCCUUUUCUGAUAUGCAUGCUUGCGUACACAUGUGUGCUAAAAUAUUUUAUACAUACUUGGAAUUAAUUCAAUUCCUUGCCUUAGGAGGUGAUUUCGAUGGCAUCCAACUUUGCCCUUGGAUACCUUGCUUUACAUUUUGCGGACGAUAUGUAUAUGAUACAAGAAUAGGUUUUUUGUACUAAUAGUAUUUAAAUAUUUCACCACUGCAAGGUGUUUCCACGUGCACCAUCAACACACUAGUCAUAGCCAGAAGAUUUUGGUUUUCUUCAAGCUUCUAUCGACAAAGCCAAAUGAUCAACAUCUGCUGAACAGUGCUUGAAAAUGGCAGUUACUAUGUGCUUGUUGAAAUGUCCUAGCCAUAGCAGCUGUUAUGCACCAUUUGUUAGAUUAGAUGAAUGUAUAGAUGAAGACCAUGUCAUUGUCGCAAGAGUGGAUUAUAAAUGCUCAAAUUUUUAGUUGCCUUUGUAGAUAGAUGGUACCAAAGUGCCAUAAGACCUUAUGCUUGCAUUAGACCAUGUUUAAUACUUAGAGCAGUGAAUGGCAUUACUACAUUCCUUUAGUAAUGACAUAAUCCAAAGAAACAGUGCCAUGCCUCUGUUUUUAUGCUUUUAUAUUUCUCAGUAUGUGGUAAUGAACAUUGCUAUAUUUGUUGCAAGGCUCCACAUCAUUUGUGCAAUGGACUGUUCCUAAUGGCUUAAUGUAGCUUGUGCCUUUUCUUCCAUUUCUAAGACAUAGUUUAAUUGACGGUACGAUUGCAAUACUAAUAAACAUUGUGACAGCUACAAGCUCAUUUAUGAGCUGUAGUGAAACCAUUAGACUUACGUUAAACACUGUGACACCACUGACAUUGUCAAGCCACUGUUGUUGCACAAAGGGCUUUGAGAAACGAGGAAAAAAGAAACAAAUAAAAGAAAGUCUUGGCAGGUUAAACUCGAUGAAGCCUGUCAAUUCAAUUUUGUUGUUUACAGACUGAGUAGCUGCAAAGUGAUUGACAAACUAAUUGCACUAGCUCCUUUUUAUUUCUUUAUGGUAGUCUAAGGGGAGAAAGAAAGGACAGAGCAGCAGUGGAUAGACAUAAAUUUAGCCGUUUUUACCAUGGGUCUUAGUACUGCUAAUCACACACUGUGAGAUGUAUAGUAUUGUAUUAUAACCACAUAUUUUUAAAAGUAGUUAAUACUUUUAAAUGUCUUAUUAUUCAUUUAGUUUUUUAAAAUAUGUAAUUAUACAUGCACAAAGAGCGGCUAAAAAAAACAGGUGGAAAACACAUCUUGAAUGGUCUAUAAUAUUUCAUAUUGUAGUCAAGGAGAAAAAAAGGGACACUACAAAUAAGCUUUAUUUCCACCUAGCUGUGAGUAUGCCUGUGCAUAAAUAUUGAAAGUCAUACCACACAACUACCCACCUUCCCCUAUUCUAGAGAUGAAAGCCAACUUGACUUCUGACCUUGAGAAAUGCAUGUUAUUGGCUGGCACCACUAAGUGCACAUGAUUACUUGAUUAACAGCAAAGCAAAAUGUACUGGUCAGUUUCACUGAAUCUGUUUCACUUAUUGUUUUUCUUGAAGAUUACCAUAUGGGCAUAUUCAUAAGUUAGCAUUUUACCUAUGUUAUGUCUUCUUUCGAGUUUGUUAGGUCAUGUACUGUAACUAAUUUAAUUUAAAAGGUUCUGUUUUCCAUGUUCAGUACUGAGACACGAUGUGAACAAGAUAGAUAUUCGUGUAAAGCCAUAAAAAAAUAUCACAUAUGCUUUAGAUGCAUCUUAAUUACAAACAACAUAGUUUGGUGUGCAUAACUAAUUGCAUUCUGUGUUGUGCUUAAUUAAUGCAGGGCAACUGCUUUUGCAGUGCAUGUAGCUUUGUCUCUGCUAGGCUAGACUGGCUGAAAGGCACAUAAGCUAGGGACUGUAACCAUACUGCUGUUAUUGCACUAUUUUGUGCAAUGUAACGUAAUAUCACAGUGCUUGAAUAGCCCCUUCAGUCACGGCGUACAAAAUUGUGUACGCGAACUUUGGAGGCGCGUCACACACUGCGCCUUUCUUCAAAUUGCCUGAAACUCAGUGUGCAUAUUCGUGCAGGCUUCCUGAGUGGACAACUAGCGGUCACUUAACUUCAUUAUGCUGUGUAUUGCUGGAGAGGGUCACUUUGCUGGACACACUACCAUGUUAGACGAUCGUUCGACGAGCCGCGUUUCACGACCAACAUCAAGAGGAUUUCUUUUCUCCGCUCGAAAUUAAUACAACCAAAAAACAAGCUGUGCAUGCAUUUUGAGCCUAAUAAUUGAUUCUUUUUAUGCAGUUAUCGAAGCUGACUGAUGGCAGAAUAAUGGGAUAAUUAGUUACAUGCAAAUUAGCAAUAAUUACUGAAACUCACACAAAACAACACAUUCCUUCAUUUUCUUUCUUGGAAUGUAAUACCGUGUGCCUUCAAAUUAUGCCAUGCGAAUUUGACGCAUUUGCAGACAGUGCAUCAUAAUUCGUGACUGAAGGGGAUAGCUUGAAAUCAACUAAUCCAGUUCCACGGUUCUGAACAAUAUAUAUGGGCACUCUGCUGAAUGACAUGCAGUUCUUUUUCUGAGAAUAUGACUGUUGAAUGUGAGGUAAAUUGUAAGCCAGAAAUGCAACACUGCACAUCAGUUAAGCAAUGUGUAUCUUGUUUUCACGUGUUCAUGAGAUUAGCUUCAUUUCAUUGUGUCUCUUUACUGUGAUAAGUUAACUCGUCAAAAGAAAUCGCCCGCCAGGCUGCUUUUGACAAGUUCACUUGUCAGUAAUAUUGCUUCUGUGUGAUGCUCUUUGUGAGAUAUGCCUGAUAGCUUACUGCUACUGGUUCAUUUCAGAUAAGUUGUAAUGAGGCUAUAAUUGCCUGAAAAAUAUAGUCUGCAUGUUGUGCUGAUAGUUUUUACAGGUACUUGGCCAGUUGCCUGGUGUGAGUGGCUUUUCUCAAGGUUAGAGUUGUUGGACUGUUCAGUAAGCUUUUACAGCACUAUGCUGCCCUGCGAAAUGUUCUUAGUAUGCAAAAAGCCCCGUAAGCUUUAAUUUUUGUAUUCGAUGGCCAUUAUGAGAGACAUGAUAAGCUUAACUGAAAACCAGCAAAUCCAUAAUGUGUACUAGAUUAAAGAUCCCACGUCAAGGCAAAACCACGUUGUAGGCAUGGAUCAUAGAUAAGAAAACCACUGAAAGUUGCUCUUUUAUUCUGGUGCAGUGGCGUCAAUUGCUUCCCUGUAGCAUUUAACACCAAUGCAUCCUGUGUACCUGUUUGUUCAGAAAGCAUUCUGAAAAGCAUCAAUACAGCAUAAAAAAAAAGAAAGAAAAACAUGGACCAGAAGCACAUAUAACAUGCAAACAACCUGAUAGUUGCAUAAUAUGCUUCUUCUAGAGUCUUUCACUGCUGAUGUAGCUGCUUCAUAAUGAGUGUUGACAAAGUAUGUGUUAAAAGUCAAAAUGAUUUAGUGCAAACAUAUAGCCUAUACAUGCAGGUACUUUGCAUCACUCCUUGCUUGCUUUUGGCAUCGAGGCAUGGUUUUUAUUAGUGCUUCUGUGAGACUCACUGCCCUGAUAGAUCUAACCCAGAGCCAUCAGUGCAGAGUGGUUUGGUUCAGUGCACGGGCAUCAUAUGCAUGUGGUUUUUCAGACAGACACAAUUUCGUAAAAAUGUGCAGCUAAAUUUGAUGUCUUAGGCAGGUCUACAUGCUGUGCUAGCUUUUGAAUGCACUUUGUUUUUAAGGAAUACACUGUCUGCAUGCACAGUGCAUUGCUUUCACUGGUUACAAAUAACAAACUAGUCAGUAGUACAUGUUGAAACACUGAGCUUAUGUGAGAACAUGCUCUUGUGUUGCUUAUCACUUUGUCCACAAUGUAUUUUAAUGCUACUUUUCAGCAAAGGACAAAACAACAGGGACACAAAUCUUAUGCAAUAUUGUCAUCAUUUGUUGGAUUAUUUGUACUAUGUCGUUUUAGAUAAAUUUGCCUGUGAAGAU